GUCACAGCUGCGCGGCCACGCCCUCCCCCCGGGGUUCCAAUCAAUGUGCUGGCUGCUGGGUCGCUGGGACAGAUACAGUGUUAGUGCUGCCCGGAGGAUGACAGCUCGCACCAGGUAUCAUCAUGGGGUGUAGCAUUUGGAAGCAGUUUGGACGUCUCCAGUAAUCUUGGCUUAUAACCUCUGCUGGCCAGGGAGAAGCCAGAUAAAGUUGAAGGAGUGAUAGACGCACCUCAGGCACGAUGGAGGAGGAAGGGACAGAAUGGCUUGUAUUCGCUGUGCAUAGGCUCGUCUCUUGGGGGGCAUCAGCUGCCAUGAUAUUUGGCGGAAUCGUGCCAUAUAUACCCCAGUAUAGAGACAUAAGAAGAACCCAGAACGCAGAUGGCUUCUCAGUUUACGUUUGUCUCAUGCUCUUAGUAGCGAACAUCUUGAGGAUAUUGUUUUGGUUUGGACGUCAUUUUGAGUCCCCUCUCCUUUGGCAGAGCAUCAUUAUGAUUGUUACUAUGCUGCUGAUGCUGCAACUGUGUACAGAAGUCCGAGUGGCAAAUGAUCUGACCACAAAGCGUCGCUUAUUCACAGCUUCAGAUAGUAAGGAUGAAGAAUUCAAAACUCAUCCCAAGAGAUGCUUUCUGGACUUCGACAUGAACUACUUCUGGUACUGGAGCAGAUUCACGGACUAUGUGCAGUGUGUGCUGGCAUUCACUGCUGUGACUGGGUACAUCACCUAUCUGUCUCUGGACUCUGUGCUCUAUGUAGAGACCCUGGGCUUCCUUGCAGUAUUUACUGAGGCUAUGCUUGGCAUUCCACAGCUUUAUCGGAAUCACCAGAAUAACUCCACAGAAGGAAUGAGCAUCAAAAUGGUACUGAUGUGGACAAGUGGAGAUACCUUUAAGACUGCGUACUUUAUUCUCAACCAGGCUCCCUUCCAGUUUACGGUCUGUGGCCUCCUGCAGGUUCUUGUAGACAUUACCAUUUUGCUGCAAGUGUAUGUAUACAGCGUAUACCCUCAGAAGCCAGUGCCACACACCACAUAUGUUACUAGUGCCAAAGCUCUGUGAUGAAGAAAAUAUGGACGGUCUGAUCACGUGCUUCCCAAUUACUAGAACUGCUUCUGCACCAAGAAUGCACGUCUAUUGUUUUUGUUCUUAGUGUUUUUGUCUCCAAAGAUUUUCCACAGUGCUGUUACACUCAUCCACUGUCAGCACCCCUGCUUUGUAAAAGUCUUCCCGUCAUAUCAUAAGGAAUUUAUCAGCAUAGUGUGAAUUGAAAUCUAACUCUAAAGUAUUUGCUUACUUGUAUGCUUGUAUAUUCAUUUGAAUGCAGAAAAAAAAAUACAAGUAUGUCAGACUAAAUACAUUUUAUCAAUGUUGGGCUAGGGCACAUGCAGACUUUGCUGAAUGUUACUUUGUUGGUUUGCAUUCAAAGGCAUCUGAACUAUAGAGGGAGUCCACGUGCUACUGAAGGGCCCCACUGGUAGGGGAGAGGUUACCAGACUAGCGAAAUCUUCACCCAACACACUUGCCGUCCAUACACAUCAGACAAUGGCUGAUUUUGGUCAACUGUUGUUUGAAAGACAAUGUGAUCACACAGUUUGGAAGAUUUAGCCCGUGGAUGGCCAAAACUACAUUUGUAUAGCAUGAUUGGCCUGGUUUGGCCGAUCAGUUACCAUUAUACUCAUUGACCAGGUAGUCAAAAUUUUGAAAAACACGCUCCCUGCUUGGCCAGUUUAGUCUCUCAAGUUGCUGGUGAGAUCUGCAAUCAUUGUCUCAUGUGUAUGGUCAGCCCAAGAAUGGCCAAGCAGUGGACGAUAUUGAUUUGAAAUGGAGGGCAUCUGAUAAAAUGAGCCAGCACAUGGAACUGGUGCCAUAAAUUUUGUCAAAGGUCCCUGUCAUGUAUUCUGUAUGCCCUUGUUUGCACUGGCAGCGGACUGAACAGACCACCUGCAAAUUAUGUCUACUGUUAGAUAAAGGGAUAUUCCACAACGUUAAAAGGGUUUUCCAAGAUUUAUAUACUGAUGACAUGAUCAUUGGGGGUCCGAAACCCAGGACUGCUGCCCGAUCAGUUGUUUUUCAGAUGGCAUCGGGGCUUCUGUGAACGGUGUGGCUUCCUCCGUUCUUACCAAGUACAGCACCGUAUAUUGUAUAGCGGCUGUGCUUGGUUGUGCAGCUCAGCCCCAUUCACUUCUCUGGGGCUGAACUGCGACUAGGCCACGUGACCGAUGAACGUGUUGUCACUUGGCCUGGGGAAAAAUGCAAGAAGGCCACGGCACUACUGCGAGUGCCACAGCCUUCUUGAACAGCUGAUUGGUGGGGGUCCUGGGUGUCAGAUCCCCACCAGUCAGCUACUGAUGACCGAUCAAGAGGUUAGGCCAUUUAAUUCUCUGAAAACCCCUUUAAGGUCAGAAAUACAUACUGUAUAGCCCUGCUCAUUAGAUGGCCUAGGAAAUGACUACAAAUGAUAUUGUAUGUAUAACCCUAUGCCAUAUAUUUGCUCCUCCUGUCCGGGUAGCCUGGAACACUGCGCUAUGCAAGGUAUUUUACAGGGAUGGAGCUCAUAACAAUGUCAAAAUCUCAAAUCACUGUUUGACACUUGUUUUAGUACAGCUAUAUAUAGUGUUUUUUUUCCUUUGCAUGCUAUAAUGAUUACAUGUAUCUGCAGGUUUUUUGUACAUGGAUGUAUUUGCACUGAAUUUGCACCAUUGUGAUACAAAUGUAAGGAAACACAUUUACAGAUGAGGAUUUCUAAAUUGACACUGCAGUUUCACCUGUCAAUAGGCGGUCACCACACUGUAGUAGCUUCCAACUAUGGUUGGCACGUCUACCCUUUUCUACGGUCAAGGCCUUCGCUUAAAUGUCAGUGUAACCAUGUGAUGGCUCUUCAAAAAUGUUACUUACAUUAGCCAUAAGUUCUGUUCUUUGAUAAUUCAGUAUAGUCAUUGUUACAAUGCCUUGCCAGACCGCAAAGAUUGUCUUUUUAUUGUUCAUACUUUUUCUCAAAUGGUAAGUGAUUUUUAUUUAAAAGGUGGCUUUUUUAAAUUUUUAGUGAUUAAUGGUUUUUUCCUCAUCAGUUGUAAUAUUUUAUAAUGGGAUAUUGAUAAUGUAUUGUAUAUUAAUGGAAGUAGACGGGUAUGACUGCAAAGGCUCUGUUCAAACUAGUGUCAUGACUUGGUGCCAUGAUGAUUAUUCUAAUUCUGUUAUGUAACGCAUCCUAAUGGCUCCUAUUGAGCUGUCGAGAAACAGUGGCAACCUGAAGGAACAGACCCUUAUGGCAGUGUGAACAUAGCCUAAGAUGUAUACUUUUAUAUUACCACCACAUGAAUCUGAUAUUUUAUUCUUAAGAAUGAUGUAAAAAUUGUGUUAAAGCUGUACAGUGAAUAAACCAGAUGACCAGUUAGGCUAAUGGAUCUGUUACAAUAAUGCAUCCGUCAUGAACAGAUCCAUUUGUUUUAUCUGUAACAUAGCCAAGACUGAUCCGCCAUGAACUCCUUUGAAAGUUAAUGGGAGACGGAUCCGUUUUUUCUAUUGUGUCAGAGAAAACAGAUCCAUCCCCAUUGACUUACAUUGUGUGCCAGGACGGAUCCGUUUAGCUCGGUUUCAUCAAGCGGACAGCAAAAAGCU